GCCAUGACACUUCCGGGUUUCCCCGAGGGAAAGAAGUUUUCUCGCUGCUGCUGCCUGCCGCCUUCUAACGAAACCUUUUUUAACUCCGUCUUUUUCUGUCCAUGCACACUUUGGAAGUUUUAUUACAAUUAAUAUUCACUUGUUCGCUCCAGUCCUAGAAUAUGUCUGACAACAGAAGCGGCAACGACGACGAAGAGAAACUUGAAGGUGCUGUGGGUGGUGAAGAUGUCAUUGAUGAUCCCAUCCUGGAACAAGGAGCAGUUGUCCUGCGAGGGUACGUAAUCGAGCGGAUAAACAUGGAGGACCCCAGUCGAAACGUUUGCUCCGAGGACCUGGGCGGGACGCCAGACGAGCAACAGGAACCACAAGUCAAAGAAGUUGUGGAGCAGCUCCUGAAGAUUGCGGAUGAGUUGAACAGGAAUGCUGAGCUCCAACGACUAAUCAACCAGAUUCAAGAGGACUGUGCUCAGGAUAUUUUUAUGAAGGUUGCCAGGAACUUCUUUGCUGACGGCAUCAACUGGGGGAGAGUUGUUGCUCUCUUCCACCUGGCAUACAGACUCAUAUACAAGGCUCUGACCACCAACCGUCUGGAGAACAUCCGCCUGAUCAUCAGCUGGGUGCUGCAAGUCGUCAGAGAGCAGCUCUACAAUUGGCUGGUCCAGCAGGGAGGCUGGGAAGGAGUGAUCCGCGUGUGGUCUCGCUGGAGGACGCUCACCUUGGUGGCGUCCGUGAUUUUGGUGGCGUCCUUUGUCUUCUACAGGAGGACACGCUGACUCAGCAGUCACCAUGUACUGUUCACAUGUAGCAAGAUGGUUCCAGACUCAGAAUCCUGAGGAGCGAUGGAGCAAAGCAGGGGUGACGAUGAGAUUCAUUUGCAUAUUUGUGACAUCACUGGUGAUGGAAGCUGCUGACGUGACACACAUCUCCAUCUUCUUGUCGCACUUUUAUUCAUCGUCAUUUGAGGACCUCUCCAAGUGCCAAACACUGCUGGUUUCUUUCUGAAGUACACAAUCCUGCACAAGCCGUACUUCAGCUUUGUUUACACAAAUAGGAGAAAUGGUUUGCCUGCACCGACUCUAAUAAAAGAUCUUUUACUGUA